AUGGAUACUAUAAAGUUUGAUAAAUCCGUGUGCAAUAUCAGUUUUAAUAAAGAUAAAAGUUUAUUAGGAUUAUGUACAUCAAGUUUAACAAAUACAAAUUGGAAUGGUAGUGUUGAAAUUUUUGAAUCCAAAUCAUUGGAAGAAGAAAAAGAACCCUCAUCAAAACAAUCAAUAGACUUUUACUCUGGAGUCACUUGCAUAGAAUGGAUAAAACCAAAUAAGUGUGUUGUAUCUGCUGAUGACUCUAAUAUCUAUUUAGUAGACUCAACAAAAGACAAUAAAAAUACAGAAAAAGAAGAAAAUAUUUAUAGUGAAAAUGAUGAUGAUAUUUUAUUUAAAAAUGGACAUCAUAACAACAUUAUAUCACAUUUGAACCAUAAUGAAAAUACACAACAAUUGUUGUCAUCAGGUUGGGACAAAAUAAUUAAGCAAUAUGAUUUAAAUACACACUCAACAGUUACCCAAUUUAAUAUACAUUAUAAAAAAGUCAAUAUGUCAUUAUGGUCAAAAACAUCAAAUGAUUUAUUUUUAUCAGUUUCAGAUAAUGGUAUUGUUGUUUGGGACUCUAGAAUCAAUAUAAACAGUAACGAACAAGAUAUUAAAAGUGCUUUUAUUAAAGAAUCAAACAUUGCAGUAUUGUCAUGUUGUUGGGAUAUUGAAAAUGAAAAUAUUUUUUAUGUAGGUUUGAAGAAUGGUGAUAUUAAACAAUACGAUAUUAGAAACUCUGCUAUAGAAAGAAAAUGUAAACAACAUGAAUUAGCAAUCAACCAACUAUCAUUCAACCCAGCCAACAAUAAACAACUAUUAAGUAUUUCAGAUGAUACAUACAUCAAAUCACUAGAUAUUAAAUCAUUUGUAGAUGGUGAAACAACAACUGCAACAAUAGAAAACAAUAUAAUUUAUAAAUCAGAUGAUUUUAUUAAAACAUUCGAUUUUGAUAAAUCAAACAAUAUAUACAUAGGUUCUAUUAAUAAAACUUUAAAAAAAAUUAAAUUUUAA